AUGUUCGUAAAAAAUUUUAUUCAUAAAUUAAAAGAAUUAAAACAAAAAUCUUUAGAUAAGUUUGCUAAUCUAUUGUAUGAUUAUGGAGGUUAUGUAUAUGAUAGACCAUGUACGUUUAUCAUAUGUAGUUUAAUAUGUUGUUUACUUUUAACUUGUGGUUUUUAUUUUAAAGAACAUGAGAAAGAUAUUUAUAAAUUAUAUUCCAUAUCAAAUUCGUAUGCAUACGAAACAAAUGAAACAAUUAAUGACUUUUUUUAUAAAAGUAGAAGAUGUUUUAUAUUAGUUGAAUCUAAUGUAAAUUUAUUAAAACCAAAAAUUUUAAGAGAAUUACAAAAAUUUGAGGAAGGUACAAAAGAUAUUGAAGUAGAUCUAUCUGAAAUUAAUGAAUGUAAAUCUGCAUCUGAGUUACCACCUGAACAGAGUCAUGUGGCAAAAGAAUUAUAUAAGACAUUAAUUCAAAGAAGUGAAGAGAAUUUAAAAAGUGGAAAGAUCAAUGGAAGUCUUUUUGAUUACUCUGAUUUAGAUGAUAAUGGUAAAAGUAUUUUGUCAGUGCAAGGACAAGAAAAUAAUAACGAUGAUGAUAUUAUAGAAGCAGACAACAAAAAUGAUGAACACAACAAUAAUUAUAAUAAUAGUAAUAAUAAUAAUAAUAGUGAAGAUGAUAGUAAUAAUGAAGUUGAUAAUAAUAAUAAUAAUGAUGAUGAUGAAGAUGAUGAUGAUGAUGAUGAUGGAGAUAAUGAAGAAGAAGAUGAAGAAAAGAAAAAAUCACUUCGAGAAAAAUUAUAUAGAAAAAUAUAUGAAAUGUUAAAGAAAAAAAAAGAAAAUAUUGUUUUAGAUGAGAAUAGUCCAAAUGUUAAUUUUUCUGAUUAUAAAGAUGAUGUGUUUUAUCCAUAUCAAUAUAUACCACCUAUGUUAAUAAAAACAGAUAGAUGUAAAUUACAAAAUGUUUUUGCUGAUAAAAAUUUGAAUAUAGAUUUAAGAGAAGCUAGUGAUGGAUUAAAAAAACAAAUAACAUAUACAUUAGAAGAUAUAUGUGAAAAGAAAUAUGGUGAUUGUAAUUUUAGUUCUUUAUUUUUAUAUUAUGAGAAAGGAAAUGGUUAUAUUGAUUAUCCUAUAAAAGUAGAUAAUCUAGAUUUUUAUGUAAAUAGAAGAACAUAUAAAGAAAUGAUGUUUAAAGGUAUAUUAGGUAAUAUGGUAUAUGAAAAAUCUGGUUCAAAAUUUAUUAUAAAAUCUGCAAAUGCUAUUAUGACUGUAAUACCAUUAUUAAAUUCUCAUACAUAUGAACCAUAUGCUUUAGCUUAUGAAAAGAAAUUAAUUGAUUAUGUUAGAUUCUAUAAUCUAGAUGAUAUAAUACAAGAUGAAGAAACUAAUGAUAAUAAUGAUCCAUUUAUACGUUUUCAUGUUUUUACUGAUAGAAGUUUAGAAGAUGAAGUAGAUCGUAUAUCCAAAAUUGAUAAUUUAACUAGAUUACUUUUAUUAAUAGGUGUUUUAUUAAUAUUUAUGUAUGCAUUAUUUAAUAACGUCACAUCUGUACUAUAUAGAAGUAAACCCUUAUGUGCUGUCAUGGGGAUCUUUUGUGGUUUCUUAGGUUUCUUAUCGGGUUCAGGUUUCUUAUAUUUUCUAGGUGUCAAAUCUGUACCACCAGCAGAAACUGUUCCAUUUUUAGUUAUAGGUGUUGGUGUUGAUGAUGUAUUUGUUAUAUUAAAUUCAUAUUCAUUAUUAUUUAUGGUUAAAGAUAAUAAGAAAAGAAUACAGAUGUGUCUAAAAGAUAGUGCUCUAGCUAUAACUGUUACAACAUUAACUAAUAUUAUAGCCUUUUUAAUAAGUGCUAUAUCACCAUUUUAUUCCAUAUGUGCCUUUUCUUUAUUUACAGCUAGCUCCUUAUUUUUUGGAUAUCUUAUGGUUCUAACAUUUUUGUUAAGUUUUCUAUGUAUAGAAGCCAAAUUAGAAAAGAAGAAAAGAAAUAUUUUCACGGGUACCUUUCAUUUGUUCAGAUCUAUUUUUAUGAAGAAUUCGAAAAAGAAAAACAACAAAAAAACAGACAAGGAUAAUAAUAAUAAUCUUAAUGGUGAUGACAAAAAAAAUGAUUUAUCUUUGGAGCUAAAAAAUAAUGAAGAUGAUUAUGAAAAUGUUUCUAUAUAUGAAUGGAUACAUAAUUUAUAUUUAUUUGAAGAAUCUAUAAAUAAGAAAAAGAAAAAUCUAGCAGUAGUAUAUACAUCAAAUGGAAAAGGCCCCCAAAAUAAUAAUAUGAAUGAAGAACUUGGAAUGGUUGAUUCCUCAAAAAUUGUAUCCAUAGAAGAUCUAAAACAAAGAAAUGUUAGAACAGAUGAUGGUUCUUUACAAAAUAAAGAUGAUAAUAAGAAAAAGAAUAAAACAGAUAAAAAAAAGAAAACACAAGAUAAUAAUUAUAAUAAUAUUAAAAGUAGCAAUUUAAAAUGUGAUCAUGAUAAGAAUGAUAAGAAUGAUAACAAUAUUAUAAAUACACCAUCAAGUGGUGAAGAGAAAGAUAAAAAGAUUAAUGUUCUUAAUGAUGUAUUUAACGAUAUUACAAUAAAACCAAAUGAUAAUAAUAUAUUAUUAGAUAGAGGAGAUAUAAUAAAAAGUAGUGGUUAUGAUUCUUCUUAUAAUGAUUUACAUAGUAGUUCACUUCCAAAUCCAUCAUCUAAUGAAAUAUUAAAUAAAACUACUAUGGUAUAUGAUCAAAUAUAUUUAAAUGAUAAUAAAAAAGAAAUAGAAUCUUCAUCAAAAAAUUUCGUGAAUGAUAUAAAAAAAAAUGAUAUGAUACAUGAUGAUUCAUUUAAUAUAAUAAAUAAUAAGAAUAUGAUAUCAUCAUCAAAUGAAAUUAAUAAUAGUAAUAAUACAAAUAAGUUUAAUAAUAAUUCGACAGAAUUAGCUACAAAAGAUACACAACAUUUUAUAAAUGGACAUGAUAAAAAUAUUUAUUUAUUAAGUUCACAUGAUAAUGCAUUAUUUUAUAAAUAUAUAUAUGAAGAACCUAAAGGAAAUAUAGGAAAAUAUUUUAGAUCAUUAGUAAAAAAUUAUUAUGUACCUUUCUUAUCAUCAAAAUUUGGUAAGACAAUUGUAUAUAUAAUGUUUACAUGUCUUAUAGCAUUAUCUAUAUAUGGAUGCACAUUAAUGAAAAAAGGAAUUAAAUAUGAUAAAGCAUUUCCAGUAGAUUCAUAUGUUCGUCGAUUCACAUCAGCAAAAAUUAAAUAUUUUCCAGAUUUUGGAGAUUUUAUUGAAGUAUAUUAUUUUGAUAAGAAUUUUAUAAAUAAAUAUAGAGGUCUAGAAAAUAAUACAAAAGAAUUUGGAUCUUCAUUUCUUUAUUCAGAUUUAACAGAUCGUCAAAUAAUGAAUGGUCCAAAAAUAAAUAAAAAUGUUCAUUGGGAAAAUACAAAUUUACAUGAAGAAUUAAUAAAUAUGCAUAAUACAUUAGAAUCACAAGAAUUUGUUACAUCAGUUGCAAAUGGUUUUACAUUUUUUUUAAAUAAAAAUAAAUCAAGUUUAAGAAAAGAAAACCCACAAGAAUUUUAUGAAAUUUUUGCUAACUGGCUAAAAAAAGAUUUUGUAGGCAAUCUAUUCAAAAAUGAUUUUGUAUUCUUAAACGGAAAAUUAGUUGCAUGGCGUUUUCAUUAUUUCCAAAAAAAUGUAGAUGAUUCAGAAAUAUCUUCUAAAUGGUUAAAAGCAUCUAAACAAAUUACAAAAUUAGAAAAUCAUAAUGUACAAAUGGUUUGUUUCCAUCUAAGUUCUAUAUUCAAUGAAACUGAUGAAUCAAUUAUAGAAGUAACAUUAAUUAAUCUAGGAAUUACUAUACUCACAAUUCUUGUUGUAACAGCUUAUAUUAUUAAGGGUUUCUAUUCAUGUGUAAUUAUUGCUUUGAUUAUUUUCCUUAUUGAUUUAUGUAUAUUCGGAUUUAUGUGUUUAUGUGGUAUUACAAUGAAUAUUAUAUCGAUGGUUAUAUUGGUCUUGUCAGUUGGUUUCUCCAUCGACCAUACCUCACACAUUGUUCAAGCCUUUUCGCACAGCAUGGGAAGAACAAGAGAUGAAAAAAUGAAAGAAAGCUUGCACCUUAUGAUAGGUCCAGUAUUACAUAGUGGUUUGUCAACCUGGUUUGUUAUUAGUACUUUAUUUUUUUCAAAUAAAGAUUUUACAGUUAUCUUUUUCCAAACAUUAAGCUUGGUUCUAUUCUUUUCUAUAACCUUCUCUUCCAUGUUCUUGCCCGUACUUCUUUCCAGUUUUGGCCCCCUACAUUAA